AUGGAUACUAAACCCUCUUCUUGACUUCUAAAUUUAGCUUCGUCUCUUCCAAGUUCAUACUCUCCUCCCCAUUCUACGGAUCCCAAUACACGGCAAUGAUCGGCCAUUGACACGGAAAAAUACACAGAUCCAAUCUAUAAAUACACUUACUCUUGUGUAUUUAUAUACAUAUUCAGUUAUACAUGUCUCCUUCACCAAACUAUGAAUUUCAAGAAUGGUGGAACAAGCAAAGAACGAGCGACCACAAUGACCUGUUAUCUUCAUCAGAAACUUCCAGUUUUUUGAAGGUUGAUAUACACAGUCCCUCCACGGAGGCGUCGGUGGGGGAGAAGGACCGGUCACGCAGUGCCCGCCAGCUUUCAUGGAUUUACCUCCUAAAGGUCCAUCAAAUCGCGCAUUUCUUGGCGUUUAUAACCAAUGGGUUUAUUACCCUUAUUCGCACCGCGAAGCGCCGUGUCUUAUCCAGAUCCUCCGGUUCUCACCGGUCUGAAUCGAGGUUUUAUCAAAUCAUUAAGUUUUUCUUGUUGAUUAGUGUUGUUCUGUUGAUUUUCGAGCUCAUUGCGUACUUUAAAGGCUGGCAUUUUAGUCCUCCGACUCUGGAAUCGGAAGUUGAGGACUUAGUAGAGUAUAUCUAUGCCAAAUGGUUAAUAAUAAGGGCGAAUUACUUGGCGCCGCCAUUGCAGAACUUGACAAAUGCGUGCAUCGUGCUUUUUAUGAUACAAUCGGUGGAUCGAUUGGUUUUGGUGCUGGGUUGUUUUUAUAUCAAGUUCAGAGGAUUGAAACCCGAGGCCGAGAUGGAUUACACAGAAGAUGUCGAAAAUGGGGGUAUGAAUGUCGAGGAUUAUCCGAUGGUGAUGCUGCAAAUACCCAUGUGCAAUGAGAGGGAGGUAUAUCAACAAUCUAUUGCGGCAGUAUGUAUUCAAGAUUGGCCUAGGGAGAGAAUGCUGGUUCAAAUACUGGAUGAUUCUGAUGAUGCAGAUGUUCAAGCCCUUAUCAAGGCAGAAGUCCAUAAAUGGCAACAGAAGGGUGUGCACAUCAUAUAUAGACACCGUCUUAUUCGCACAGGCUAUAAGGCGGGGAAUCUUAAGUCUGCAAUGAAUUGUGAUUAUGUCAAAGAUUAUGAGUUUGUUGCAAUAUUUGAUGCAGAUUUCCAGCCUGCACCAGAUUUUCUGAAGAAAACUAUUCCUUAUUUUAAGGGGAACGAUGAUCUUGCCCUGGUGCAAACCAGAUGGAGUUUUGUCAAUAAGGAUGAGAAUUUGCUGACAAGGUUGCAGAACAUAAAUCUGGCUUUCCAUUUUGAGGUUGAGCAACAAGUCAAUGGGUGGUUCAUUAACUUCUUUGGUUUUAAUGGAACUGCUGGUGUGUGGAGAAUCAAAGCCCUGAAGGACUGCGGUGGCUGGUUGGAGCGAACAACGGUUGAAGACAUGGAUAUUGCUGUUCGUGCUCACCUCUGUGGUUGGAAGUUUAUUUAUCUGAAUGAUGUCAAGUGUUUAUGUGAACUUCCUGAGUCUUAUGAAGCAUACAAAAAGCAGCAACAUCGCUGGCACUCAGGACCCAUGCAGUUGUUCCGCUUGUGCUUUAUUGAUAUACUGCAUUCGAAGGUGAGCUGGGUGAAGAAAGCAAAUCUGAUAUUUCUCUUCUUCCUCCUGCGGAAGCUUAUACUACCAUUUUACUCGUUUACUCUCUUCUGCAUUAUUCUUCCUUUGACCAUGUUCCUGCCAGAAGCUCAGCUGCCUUUCUGGGUUGUUUGUUAUAUCCCAGGACUUGUCUCUAUUCUGAACAUCCUUCCAUCUCCUAGGUCAUUUCCAUUUAUCGUGCCCUAUCUUCUUUUUGAGAACACCAUGUCUGUGACUAAGUUCAAUGCCAUGGUAUCAGGGCUCUUCAAGUUAGGAAGUUCUUAUGAGUGGAUCGUCACCAAGAAAUUGGGUAGAUCAUCAGAGGCAGAUUUAGUUGCCAUGGUGGAAAAUGAAACGGCACCUUUGGUGGAGAGUGGCGGGGUCCACAGGUCGUCCUCAGAAUCAGGUCUUGCCGAGCUUAACAAACUAGAAAUGACCAAGAAAACCGGGAAAAAAAGAAGAAACCGUCUGUACAGGAAAGAACUAGCUCUUGCAUUCAUUUUGUUGACUGCAUCGGUAAGAAGCUUGUUAUCUGCCCAGGGAAUCCACUUCUAUUUCCUCUUGUUUCAAGGUAUCACAUUCCUAGUCGUUGGACUUGAUUUGAUCGGAGAACAGGUGAGUUAAUGCAAUCGAUUUUUAUUGUGUUGCGAGCUCUCCUCAAUGGAUUAAUCCAGGAACACGAAAAGAAAUCGAGCAUUUAUCUUAUCAUUCACGUGACUUCGUGAUCCCAGGAAAGGUCCACAUUCAUACAUUCAACGAAAGAUUUAUUUCAUAUAUACCCUCAAUUGAUGCUUGAGUUGUAAGCAUCUCAUGAGAAGAGUAUAUAUUUUCAUCUGCAUCUACAUCUACAUCUACAUCUAUUAACAAUUUGAUUUUAUUGUACAUGUUGCCUGUGUAGGUUUUGCAGGUUUUUUGUUUUGAUUAAAUUUUCAAUCUUUAUCUUUGUAAUUGAGAAAUGACAAUGUGAUGUACAAUUACAUAUAUUUUUAUGGGGAAAGUAAACAUUCACUCGGGAGUUAAGUUA